UUCUAUACCACUAGCAGCCACCUCUCACAAUCACAACCUUCUUCUGCCCUUGUCUCUACGCAAUUCCAUACAAUAUUUGUGGUCUAAAUAUGGCUGACAAACCAGAUAAAAGUGGAGUUGUAGCUUCAGAAAAUUGCUCUAACAAUAUGGGACCAAGUCAAGAAGAUUCAAGCUCCGGUAUCCGGACGGUGGAGACACUGCUACGGCUGUUACCGGUGGGGCUGUGUGUGGCAGCGCUAGUCGUUAUGAUUAAGGAUUCGGAAACGAAUGAAUAUGGCUCUUUGUCUUACUCUAACCUCACUGCUUUCAGGUUUUUGGUGAAUGCUAAUGGCAUAUGUGCUGGUUAUUCGCUACUAUCGGCUGCUGUCACUGCAAUACCCCGCCCUAUAACGAUGUGUCGAGCCUGGACCUUUUUCCUCCUUGACCAGAUUUUAACAUAUCUAACUCUGGCUGCUGUUGCGGUGGCAACGGAGGUGGCAUUUCUAACAUACAAAGGUGAUGUGGCGGUGACAUGGAGUUCAGCGUGUGGAAGCUAUGGCCACUUCUGCAAACAAGCAACCGCAUCAAUCAUAAUAACUUUCGUGGUGGUGCUUUGCUAUGUUUCAUUGUCACUCAUUUCAUCAUACAGGCUCUUCAGCAAGUAUGAUGCACCGGUUGGCUACCACAACAAAGGGAUCGAGAUCGUUGACUUUGGGAAUUAAGAUAUUUGACUCUUAACCUUUGUGCAUGUUUCCAUUCCUUGAAGAGCAAAAAUAAGAUUGUGGAAAUAUGGUAUGUAAUGUUCUUCAUCGGUACUCCUGUUAGUAACUCAAGACUUUAAACUGUAUACGAUAUAGUAUUUGUAUCAACUUAAAUCUUGUAAUUUUUAUGAGACAGAGGUUGUAUUUGGUAGGCAUGAAUGAGGCAUGUAAAGGAAAGCACGAUUCCGUUCUGUUAUAUAAAUCUUGUUUGUUUAGGUUCA